GCGACUCAUCGAUCCUUCGGGCAGGUCAACUAGUAAAAUAGGUACCUGAUCAUUCUCCAAACGGUCAUCCUCGACUGAGAUGCAAACAACAAACUCGCCGACUAAUCUGCCAUCACCCAAACUCACACCUCAAUACCACAAUGUCAAAAACACCCCAAUCCAUAAUCCGCAUCAACGGCUACCGGGGCACCGGCAAGCUAACGAUUGCCCGCGUCCUGGAAGCAAUACUCUCGCCGAAGGGCUGCCUCGUCCACAACCACCUCCUCAUCAACCCAGCCGACGUCGUCCUACCACGCGAUCAACCGGGCUACCAAAACCUCCGCAAAGCCAUACGCGGCGCCGUCUUCACCGCCUCGUCGGGGUACCCCUCGACGCGCGAUUCGGUGUACAUUUUUACGGAUUUCCAAUUGAGCGACGCCGUGGGGUCCGCGACGUGUGCCGAGUACCUCGAGGCCGCGCGCGCGGGGGGUGGUAAGCUUGUUUCGGUUUUGUUGGCAUUUGAUGAGGGCGUCAACUUGGAGAGGUUGGUGAGUGCCGAGAGAAGGGCGUGGGGCAAGAUUAUUGAUGAUCCUAAGCUGUUGAAGUCAUUUUGGGAGGGGACUAGGAUCCAUCGCCUUGAGGCCGGGGAUGAGGUCGUUGUAGUGGACGUUGAUGUCUCGAGGAGGACCCCGGAACAAGCAGCCGAGGAGAUUCUCGAUCAUGUGCUCAAGAUAGAGGAACGAGUCCCGAUUCUAGACGCCUAGUUACGAGCUGCUCAGGUCAGAAAGGAAAAGAAAAAGGUGGAUUCAAGCCUAAAUGUCUAGGUUGUCUCCAUGCCUGUGUGAUUUUCCCGCAGUCCC